AUGCCCUCUCGCUGUGGCACAGCGGUGCAAAUCUUCAUCACCACUCUGUUUGCAGCUGUGGUUCUCUUUGCCAUUCUGCUGGCCUACGUGACUGGCUACCAAUUCAUCCACACGGAACAGCAUCACCUCUCCUUUGGCCUGUAUGGUGCCUUUUUGUCACUACAUUUGCUGCUCCAAAGCCUCUUCGCCUUCUUAGAACACAGACACAUGCGGGCUCCUUCCCAACCAAGGCACCUGCGCUGCACUGUCGCCCUCUGUAUCGCCGCCUACCAGGAAGACCCAGAUUACCUACGAAAGUGUCUGCGUAGCGUCCACCGUAUCUCCUUUCCAGGCCUGAAAGUGGUGCUUGUGGUAGAUGGAAACCGAACAGAGGACGCCUAUAUGAUGGAUAUCUUUCGGGAGGUGAUGGGGGGAGCGGAGCAGGCAGGCUGUAUGGUGUGGAAGGGGAACUUUCACAGCAAUGGGGCUGGGGGUGCAGGUACAGGGUCGGUACAUUUGGAGGAGGCUGCUCGGGCAGCCAGGAUGGUGCGCAGCUGCCGCUACUCCUGCAUCAUGCAGGAGUGGGGCGGGAAGAGGGAGGUCAUGUACACGGCUUUUAAAGCACUGGGGAAUUCAGUGGAUUAUGUACAGGUGUGUGAUUCAGACACAGUUCUAGAUCCAGCCUGUACAAUUGAGAUGUUGAAGAUUUUGGAGGAUGACCCAAAAGUGGGUGGGGUUGGAGGGGAUGUACAGAUCCUGAACAAAUACGACUCUUGGAUAUCUUUUCUGAGCAGCGUGAGGUAUUGGAUGGCAUUCAACGUGGAGCGUGCCUGUCAGUCCUACUUUGGCUGUGUUCAAUGCAUCAGUGGUCCUCUGGGCAUGUACCGCAACUCCCUCCUCCAGCAGUUCUUAGAGCCUUGGUACAACCAGACCUUCCUGGGCAGCAAGUGCAGUUUUGGCGAUGACCGGCACCUCACCAACCGAGUCCUGAGCUUUGGCUACAAGACGAAGUACACUGCACGGUCAAAGUGUCAGACCGAGACGCCUACUCACUAUCUCCGCUGGCUUAAUCAACAGACUCGGUGGAGCAAGUCUUACUUCCGGGAGUGGCUCUACAAUGCCCUUUGGUUCCACAAGCAUAGCCUGUGGAUGACGUACGAGUCAGUGGUCACUGGCUUCUUUCCUUUUUUUCUAGUGGCUACAGUGAUCCACCUGUUUUACCGUGGCCGUCUGUGGAACAUACUACUGUUCCUGCUAACGGUUCAGCUGGUUGGAAUGGUCAAAGCCACCUAUGCUUGCUUCCUGAGGGGCAGCUUGGUUAUGAUCUUUAUGUCUCUUUACUCCUUGCUCUACAUGUCCAGCCUUCUGCCGGCAAAGAUCUUUGCCCUGUUGACUAUCAAUAAAGCAGGCUGGGGUACAUCUGGGAGGAAAAAGAUUGUGGUGAACUUUAUUGGCGCCGUGCCUGUGACUGUUUGGGCACUCAUUUUGCUGGGUGGAGUAGUUUACACCAUUUACUGUGAGACACAGGACCCCUUCAGUGAGACUGAGAAGAUUCUGCUUAUUGCUGGGAUUGUCCUCUAUGCUUGCUACUGGCUCGUACUCCUGGUACUUUAUUUAGCUAUUGUGGCCAAGCGCUGUAACAAAAGGGAAGAGCAGUACCAGCUUUCUUGUGCUGAAGCCUAG